AUGUCAUCAACGAUUAAUAGUCAAACCAGUGCAACAAUUAAAUCUAGGCACAAUAACUACUCUCAAGUUGUCACAUUUUUACUUAUAAACAAAGUUUCGCAACAUGUGCCUACAACUCCAAUCGAUAGAAGUGCUCUAAAUGUGCCUCAAAAUCUACCGCUAGCAGAUCCACGCUUUCAUGAAUCCGCCGAGGUAGAUGGUUUGUUAGGCGCCCAAAUAUUUUGGGAUUUACUUUCACUCGGUUGCAUUAAAUUAGCCACAAAUGAUACGAAACUCCACAAAACCAAAUUAGGUUGGGUAGUCGUAGGAGAAUUCAGAACAAAAUCUCACCCUGCAACCAUCACUUGUAAUGCUAUUACAAGCACACUAGAACAACAAAUUUCUAAGUUUUGGGAAUUAGAAGAGCAACCUUCAAAAAAGCACUUAUCACUCGAAGAAAGCAAUUGCGAGACCCACUACCUGCAAAAUACCCGUCGCGACGCAGGCACUGGUCGUUAUUCCGUCAAACUUCCCUUCAAGGAUAAUCUGCACGAUUUAGGCGAAUCAUAUACCAUAGCAUUGAAGCGGUUUCUUGCCUUGUAA